GGUGAUCAGAAAAUUAUCCCUAGUAUAAUACGUAGAGAGCUUCUUAAAAAUCAGAGAAGCCAACAAAAAAAAUCAGCUGGAGAAUUAAGAACAAGGACGAAGAGCCUCCAGAAAUCUUCAUCUCAAGAUUAAUAUCAAUUACACAAAAAGAUAUGGGUUACUGGAAAUCGAAGAUUGUUCCAACAAUGAAGAAAUUGUUCGAGAGAAGCCCAACAAACAAGGAUGUUGUUGCUGAGGCUAGCAAGACCCCAGCCUUUGAUGAUUCUAAGGAAGCAAUCAACAAGGAGAUUGAGGAGAAAAAGACAGAACUGGAACCCAGGGUCUUGGAUAUCUAUGAAGCCACGUCUGCUGAACUCAAGGCUUUGGUGAGGGAGCCUAAAGAAGAUGGUUUAACGAAACACUCUGCCGAAGUGCAGAAAUUCCUCGAGGCACUUGUUGAAAUUGGAUUCCCUGGAUCAAAGGAUGCAUGUGAACUUUUAUCUACUAGCUCCGGACCAGUGACGUUCAUAUUUGAGAAAGUAUGUGUGUUUCUCCCGGUGGAGGAGAAGUCACGAGAGAUGGAAAAUGUGGAAGAAGUCGCGAAAACCGAAGAACCGUCCAAAGAAGAAGACACCAAACAGGCCAAGGAAGAUGAAAUUGCAACCGCCGAGAAAGAGAAAGAAACAGUUGAAGAGAAGAAAGAAGAGGUUCUACCCGCAAUUAUUCCUGUCAUUGCCGCUGAUGAGGAGAAUAAGUCAGCCGUGGAAGAGGAGAAGAAGGAAGCAGUGGAAGAGAAGAAGCCAGCCGUGGAAGAGGUGAACAAAGAAGUUGUUGCCGUGGCGCCUGAGGCUGAAACUCCGUCGACCAUUGUCACAGCAGCUCCGGUGGUUGAAACUCCGGCAAAGGCUCCCGUGACUCUGGCGGCUGAGCCAUAAAAGGUUUAAAUAUUAUUCAUGGUACAUUUCUUUAUUCAAAAAAAAAACAUUGCCUGCUUUGUGUGGAUAUUAUUUUGUUUUUUAAAUCUAUUUAUUAUACAUGUGGAUAUUAUAUGUAUUAAUUUGCUUGCUUGAGUUGUAUAUUUAAAGAU